AUGACUCUUUGUUGAGCAUUGCUGAUUGGUCCAUACGAAAAUGUACGUGACUCAAACAGGAAACGGUUGUUUUUUUUUGUAAUAUUCGAAUUUCCAAGCAGCGACUGAAGGCCUCGGGUCGAUGAUGGAGGAAGUUCCAUGCGAUGUUCACGGUGGCGUGUGCUUGUUAAAAACCGGCGUCAAAGAUGGACCCAGCAAGGGCAAAAGCUUCUACGUGUGCGUGGACAAACGCGGCUGUGAUUUUAACAAGACGGCGAGCAUCUCGCCAUCCCACUGCCUCCUGCAUGAAGGCUCGGUGGUGGAACUCCAAGGGCUGACCUCCAACCAGCAGCACCAGAACCACAGGUUGUACUACAGGUGCAUCGUGGGUAAAAAAGCAGGCCAGAAAUGGUGUGGAAAUGUUCCCUGGACUGCGCCUGAGCAGCAGCAGAAGAAGAAACAUGGAGAACAGGCCCAGGUUCUCCACCUGCCGCCUGUCAGAAACCCCUUCAAGGCUCCUGAGAAAGCGUGUGAAGACUCUGAGUGGAAGAGGAUGCACGACGCUCACACUAAGCAGAAAGGAGGAGAAGAGGUGGCACGGAGGGAGGGCGAGGGGAAAGAAAAUGUGGAGAAGAAAAGUGCGUCAGAGGGCCAAGGGAAGCACACAGGCCAGCAGCUUCCAGCGGGCAUGACGCUGAAGAAGAGGUCUUCUGAGCAGGAGGGAGACCACCUCAAAGGGGAGCAGACAUCUUCUCCAAGCAGUGGCAGAGCUGCAGAGCCAACAUCCUCAGAUGUUCUCCAGGACCGCCAGCAGCAAGCUGCAGGAGCGACAGCCGGCGUCUCCAAAAGCCACACUGCCGCCUCCUCCGGCGGGCCCGCGUCCGGCGCUCCCGAGCAUGAGGAGGAAGACGAGGUGGUGUUUGUGUCCCGGAAAACUCCCCCGGCCUCUGCCGUCCAGAAGACCCUGACCGCAGGAGCGACAGCCGGCGUCUCCAAAAGCCACACUGCCGCCUCCUCCCGCGGGCCCGCGUCCGGCGCUCCCGCGUCCGGCGCUCCCGAGCAUGAGGAGGAAGACGAGGUGGUGUUUGUGUCCCGGAAUACUCCCCCGGCCUCCGCCGUCCAGAAGACCCUGACCGCCUACCCGGGGUUUGGACCUGCUUCCAAAGCCAAAGGUCCGCUGAAUGAUCCUCAAGGGAUGCACAAGCUGCUGUCUAAGGAGCUGCAGCAGAAGAAGGCGAUUCUGUCUGCAAUCAAUGUGGCGGCACUGCCAGACAAAGGCGAGCGGCUGAGGACGCAGGUUAAAGAACUGGAGGCGGCGCUGAACUCUCUGAGCCUUUCUUCAAGUUCUCAGCACGCCAAAGGUCCGCUGAAGGAUCCUCAAGGGAUGCACAAGCUGCUGUCUGAGGAGCUGCAGCAGAAGAAGGCCACUCUGUCUGCAAUCAAUGUGGCGGCACUGCCAGACAAAGGCGAGCGGCUGAGGACGCAGGUUAAAGAUCUGGAGGCGGAGCUGGACUCUCUGAGCCUUUCUUCAAGUUCUCAGCACGAAUGUGCAGACACGACUCCAUCCAGCAGCAACAAGGUCAACCCCUUCAGCCGCCCCGCCAGCGCCAUCUUGCUUCCUGUCUCUCAGGCCGCAAGACCUUCUGUCCAGUCCUCCCAAGUGCACGGAGCCGCCGCCCAAAUGCAGUCCUUAUAUGGCGGCAGGAUGACGGAAGAUCGUCUGCUGGCAGUGAAGAACGCCACCUGCGAGGCCAUCGACCACCUCCACAAGUCGCUGGAGUCCUGCCCCGCCCCCGACACGGAGGCCCCGGACCCUAAAGGCCUCAAGGUGUGCCUGCUGGUCCAUCAGAGAGCAGCUCUGGCUUGGCUGCUGUGGAGGGAAAGACACAAUCCAUGUGGAGGAAUCCUGGCUGACGACAUGGGCCUGGGUAAAACUCUGACUAUGAUUGCAAUCAUAUUGGCCCAGAAGGUGAAGGCCAAACAGGAAGAAGAAAAGAAGGAGGAGAAGAAACCGGAGAACUGGCUCUCAAAAACUGAUUGCAAGGUGGUGUCCUCCAAAGGCACACUAAUCAUCUGCCCCGCCUCGCUACUUCACCACUGGAAGAAAGAGAUCGAGCGGCACGUCAAGGCGGGGAAGUUGACGGUGUAUUUGUACCACGGGCCCGACCGCAAGAAGUGCGCCAGAGUGUUGGCCGCUCAUGACGUGGUGGUGACCACCUACGCUUUGGUCUCCAAGGAAGCGCCCGAGCCCAAGGAGGCGGAGAAACCCCAGCAGGGGGCCGACCAUGUGCCGCCGCACUCUGGCCCUCUCCUGCAAGUGUCCUGGGCCCGAGUGGUUCUGGACGAGGCCCACAGCAUGAAGAACCCCAAGGUGAAGACCUCCAUGGCCGUGUGCCAGCUGAGGGCGGGCGCCCGCUGGGCCGUCACGGGGACGCCCAUCCAGAACAACCUGCUGGACAUGUACUCUCUGCUCAAGUUCCUGCGCUGCUCCCCGCUGGACGAGUACAAGGUGUGGAAGGCGCAGGUGGACAACGGCUCCAAGCGGGGCCGGGACAGACUCAACAUCCUGACCAGGACUCUGCUCCUGCGCCGCACCAAGGACCAGCGGGACUCGUCUGGCAACCCCCUGGUGGCGCUUCCUGCUCGGACCUGCAUGGUGCACCGCCUCAAACUGUCUGCGGACGAGCAGGCGGUCUACGACGUGGUCUUUCACCGAUCCAGGUCCACCCUGCAGAACUACCUGAAGAGGCACGAAGGCAGCGACGUGAAGACCGGAGGAGGCAGCAGCAGCAGCAGCGGCGCGUCAAACCCCUUCGACAAAGUGGCCAAAGACUUUGGUCUGUCCCAGUCCCACCUGAACCACCUGAACCCCUCCACUUCCCAGCAGCCUCAGCAGGCGUCCAGCACCGUCCACAUCCUGUCCCUCCUGCUGCGUCUGCGCCAAUGCUGCUGCCACCUGUCACUGCUCAAAAAGACUCUGGACUCGUCGGAGCUGGAAGGGGACGGUAUCGUGUUGUCUCUGGAGGAGCAGCUCAACGCGCUCUCGCUCUCCUCCGGCCCCUCGCCGCCGGACGCCGCCAAAGACACGGUGGCCCUGAACGGCACACGUUUCGCCUCGCAGCUGUUUGAGGACCAGACCGUGAGCACCAAGAUUUCUGCCAUCGUUUCUGAGCUAGAGACAAUCCGAGGGACGGAGGACAAUCAGAAAAGCGUGAUCGUGUCCCAGUGGACCAGCAUGCUCCACAUCAUGGCCGCCCGCCUGGACCUCAUGGGCCUGCGCUACACCGUCAUCGACGGGACCGUCAACCCCGAGCGCCGGAUGGACCGGGUGGAGGACUUCAACACCAACCCCCGAGGAGCACAGGUGAUGCUGCUGUCCCUCUGCGCCGGGGGCGUCGGCCUCAACCUGGUGGGCGGGAACCACCUCUUCCUCAUGGACAUGCACUGGAACCCGGCGUUGGAGGACCAAGCCUGUGACAGAAUCUACAGAGUUGGGCAACAAAAAGAUGUCACCAUCCACAGGUUUGUGUGUGAGGGCACGGUGGAGGAGAAGAUCUCCACCCUGCAGCUGAAGAAGAAGCAGUUGGCCCAGAAUGUUCUGUCAGGAAGUGGAAGCAGCGUCACCAAACUCUCCCUCAACGACCUCAGGAUCAUUUUUGGUGUUUGAGCCUUUUUACGAUCUAUUCUAAUUGUACUUGUCUUCAUUUAAUCUCUUAUUCCUUUCACUUUCAUACAUUCUCCUUCUUCUUCUUCGUUGAAAUGAUGUCUUUGUUGUGUGGACUGAAUUGUGUCUCUUCAUCUUGACCAUUGCAUGUGCUUUUGCUUCCUUUAUUGACUCAAUAAAGUCUCAUUGUUUGCA